GUUGGCAACCCAGUCAAUUUCAAUGUCACAUUCAAAUUAUUUCGUUUGAUUUCCGUCCGUUGAUCUUUUGAAAUAAAAAGUUGGUGGUUUCUCACACGAUUUGCUUUUGAUUAUAAUUAAUUCAAUUUCUAAUAAUCAUUAUGUCUGAAAAAACUCAUUCUUCACGUUUGUCGUCGUACAAAAACGCAGGACAUGGCACAACUGAUCUCCGUCGCAAGCGUGCAGAGCUCAGUGUGGCUCUCCGCAAGCAGGCUCGCGAUGAACAGAUCCUCAAGAGAAGGGCGAUGUCCCCGGAGGCUGGGGAGGGCCAAGAGAAUGAGAAGGUUUUCACUCCUGCUGAGAUUGUGCAAGGUCUCCGAGCCCCAGACCUGCCAACGCUCACAGCAUCAGCUCGGGCAGCUCGCCGCAUGCUCUCCAAGGAACAGAACCCUCCCAUCACUCCGAUGGUCAGCGCUGGAGUCAUUAAGCCUUUGGUUGAUGCGCUGGAUAGAGAUGACUGUCCCGAUCUUCAGUUUGAAGCAGCCUGGGCUAUUACCAACAUCGCUUCCGGCACCCAUGAACAUACUAUGGCUGUUGUUGAUGGCGGAGCCAUCCCCAAGCUAGUAGCCCUCCUAGCCCAAGGCGGCAUAGUAGGCGAACAAUGUGCCUGGGCCCUCGGCAACAUCGCUGGCGACGGACCUCAAACCCGGGACGCCGUCCUGUCCCAAGGAGCCCUAGCUGUGCUACUGCCUCUGAUGACCAGUACCACCACUUCCACCCAGCUGAGAACUGCUGUGUGGACUUACAGCAACUUCUGCAGAAACAAGAACCCGUUGGUGAAAUUCGACUACGUGGCUCCCGCCUUGCCAUACAUAUCCGAGCUAUUGGAGAUCGCCGAUCAAGAUGUGUUGGCGGACGCUUGCUGGGCCCUAUCCUACCUAACAGACGGGCCAAAUGAACGCAUAGAAGCAGUCCAGCUGACUCCCAACCUACUCCCCAGAGUGAUUGCAUUGCUAGAGCACAAGUCCCCAGCAGUCCGCACCCCAGCACUGAGGUCUAUCGGCAACAUGCUCACUGGCUCUGAUGAACAGACAGACAGAUGCCUAGACGCCAACUGCCUCCCCCCCAUCAUGGCUCUGCUCCGCUGCGGCAAACCCUCGCUCAUGAAGGAGGCCGCCUGGGCCGUCAGCAACAUCCUCGCCGGCACCCAGCAGCAGAUCCAGCGAGCUAUACAGGGAGGAGUGUUGGGGCAUCUGCUGCAUGUGCUUGCUGCUGAGGAUAUUAAAUGCCAAAAAGAAGCAGCCUGGGCGAUCACCAACCUCUGCCUAGGCGGUACUCCUGAACAGUUAGACGCCCUCAUCACCGCUGGCUUCCUGGAGCCCUAUUGUUCGUUACUACAUGCUGCAGACCAUAGAGCCAUUUCUGUUGUGUUGGAUGGACUUACUAAUUUGUUGCAGGCGGCUCUGAAAUAUGGUCAAGUAGAUCCUCUGUGCAUGAGACUUGAAGAGAUCGGUGCUUUGGACCAAAUCGAAAACUUACAACAGCAUGAAAAUGAACAGAUAUACAAGAAAGUCCUGCACAUCUUAGACACAUAUUUCGGUGAGACGGACGACCCGAUCGCUCAGCCCGAGCAAACGGAACAAGAAUAUCAAUUCGGAACUACAGGCAAUCAAAAUAUUAACUUUUAGUUCAUAAGCUUAUAAAUAACUGUAGUUUGUAAGAAAAAAACUUUUGAUACUACUCUCUAAAUAUGUAAAAGAAAGUCGUGUUUUAUAACUCAAGAAUGGCUGAACCGUAUAAGCUGAAAAUUAGAGGGGAGGUAGCCUAGACUAGCCGAGUUUUUGUCACCAUCCGGGACGCGGGCAGAAGCUAGUAUGAUAUAAUAUAACAGGUAGUCUAUACGUUAUUUUGAGUUAAAGCUGUAUCAAAAUCUGUUCAGCAUUAGCAUGAUUACAAAAAAAAUAUCCAAAUACCAACUUCCAUAUAUUAUUUUAUUAAUCGCAGCUGCGUUUGUAACACGAAAUUCCAUUGGUUAUUGAAAAUAACUCCGCUCUGCUUCUAUGGAGUCUAGGCCUUUUUUUUAACGUCGUCUAAAAUCAUCAAAUGACCCCUCUCGCUGUGGGUUAGCAGCGGUGAGGGAGUGUCAGACUCUUACUGACUAAAAGCCGUCGUGUUCCGUCAUAGGCCGCGUAUGUACCAGGGCCGCGGUAACUCACGCGAACAAUCCCGCAGCCGCGGCAAGCCUUGGCCCUGCUGGGCCCCUCUGGAUGGAGUCUAGGCCUAUUGAGUGCAAAUAGUAUAGAGUAUUUAGAGAGUAGUUAUCAAACCCUUAGAUAUAAUAAACUCGCAUUACAGUACAAAAAAUAGAAAAAAUAUACAUUAAGAAAAUCACUUUUUUAUCCAUACUGACAACUAAAAACAUCUGUAUUUCAGAAAUUAUUUAUUAAGUUCUUU